AAGCAGGCACCACUGGUCCUUGACCGAACAAAAUCAACAUUUCACUCGAACCCUUUUCCCGUUUCUGUCCUUUUUCACCCCCAAUUAUGGGAAAGGUGGCCUUCACUUGUAUGCAAUUGGCGUGCAUUCAUAGUGUCAUUUCAUGCUUGGUAUAAUCUAAAAACAGAAAUACUUGGCAAUUUCCUUCAUUCUUCCUGUAGUAUUCAUCGCAAAGAUUUUGGAUUUGGGUUUCAGUUAAAGCUGAGCCAAAGACAGUUACAAGCUACUUUAUUUCCCCACUUGCAAAAAUGUCGUGGCUCAAAGAGUCUAUGCCAUGGACGUAACCAAAAUCAUCUCCUCUUUAUUCCUUCUCUCUUUCAACAAAGCUGACGUGAUAGCGUGUUCUUCAUGUAAAGAUCAUCCCUUGUAUUAUAUAUAUAUGUAUCAAUAUCAAUCCAUACAGCCUAAUGUACUCCAUUAAUAUUCUGGAACCCAAUCUCUACAUAUCGUCUUCCAUUAAUUAUAUCAUGUUGUUGAUGCCCAUAAGGAAGCUGUAACUUCUUCAUUUAAUUCUCUUUGUUUCUUCUACUAAUUCAUAUCUUCUUCUAUUAUUCCUCUUCUUUCGUUUCUCUAUAUAAGCAGUAGCUGAGGUUCUUCAUUUCCCAUCAAGUUCCCAGGUAGAAAAAUGGCAAUGAAGAGGUUUCUGCUUCUUGCUCUCUCAUUGGCUUUGGUUCUAGGAAUUUCAGAGAGUUUUGAAUUCCAUGAAAAUGAUCUGGCAUCUGAAGAAAGCUUGUGGGAUUUGUACGAGAGGUGGAGGAGCCACCACACUGUUUCUAGGAGUCUUCACGAGAAACACAAGCGUUUCAAUGUGUUCAAAUACAAUGCCAUGCAUGUUUACAACACUAACAAGCAGGAUAAGCCUUACAAGUUGAAGCUGAACAAGUAUGCAGACAUGACCAACCAUGAAUUUAGGAGCACUUAUGCUGGUUCAAAGAUAAAACAUCAUCGGAUGUUUAGAGGGGUGCCACAUGUAAACGAGAGCUUCAUGUAUGAGAAAGUGGAAAGAGUUCCGUCGUCCGUUGAUUGGAGAAAGAAAGGUGCUGUCACUGGUGUUAAGGACCAGGGCCAAUGUGGUAGUUGCUGGGCAUUUUCAACCGUCGUAGCAGUUGAGGGUAUUAAUCAAAUUAAGACUAAUAAGCUAGUAUCUCUGUCCGAGCAAGAGUUGGUGGAUUGCGACAUUGAUGUGAACCAAGGAUGUAAUGGAGGGCUAAUGGAGUAUGCAUUUGAGUUCAUUAAGAAUCAAGGAGGCAUAACAACUGAGACUAAUUACCCUUACAUAGCUGAUGGUGGAAGUUGUGAUGUUUCAAAGGAGAAUUCACCAGCAGUCUCUAUUGACGGAUAUGAGAAGGUGCCUGCAAAUAAUGAGGAUGCGUUGCUCAAGGCAGUUGCAAACCAGCCUGUAUCUGUGGCCAUAGAUGCUGGAGGUUCAGAUUUCCAGUUCUAUUCAGAGGGGGUAUUUACUGGAAGUUGCGGAACAGAACUAGAUCAUGGAGUUGCAAUCGUGGGUUAUGGCACAACUGUUGAUGGAACCAAGUACUGGAUUGUGAAGAAUUCCUGGGGAACAGAAUGGGGAGAGAAGGGCUACAUAAGGAUGCAGCGUGGCAUCUCAGAUAGAGAGGGACUCUGUGGUAUAGCAAUGGAGGCUUCAUAUCCCAUCAAGAACACCUCAGAUAAUCCUAAAGGAGUUAAAUCUUCUCCCAAGGAUGAACUCUAAACUACAUGCUGCCAUGAAUUCUACUCCACAGUUCAGCCUCAUGUUCCUCUGAUUAAAUAAUUUCAGUGACCUAAUUCAAUGAUGUUAUAUCAAUUAAACUGUGUUUCCCGUUUCCUAUUUCCUAUUUCAAAAUGAAUAAAUAGUUCUAGAUCAUUUCUACUGCA